GCAUAGAACACAACCACCAAAAAAAAAAAAAAAAAAUGGCAACUUCAUCAUCUACCAUACUAUCAUCUUCCUUCCUCCCUGCUAGGGUUUUAACAACAAAUCAUCCAACCCAGCAACUCUGUAUUUUCCCAAAUGGGGCUUUGCAUCGCACAGCCUCCACGAAGCGUGCCACCUUCAGCGUUCGAGCCGCCAAGCUUCCUCCUGGAGUAGUGGUGCCAAAAGUAGAGCCAAAGUUUCAGGCUCCUUUUCUUGGGUUCACCAGGACUGCAGAAAUAUGGAAUUCUAGAGCUUGUAUGAUUGGACUAAUUGGAACUUUCAUUGUAGAAUUGAUAUUGAACAAGGGGAUACUGCAGCUGAUUGGGGUGGAAAUUGGAAAAGGUCUUGAUAUUCCUCUUUGAUUAUUCAAGAUGGGUAUAAAAGUAACAUUAAUUGAAUCUUUGUAAUUCACAAGUGGGUAACUCUGUUUUGUACCUGGAGUAAUUUGUGUGCAGACUCUUGUAAUGAAUGAAAUUAUGAUGUAGCAGUUAAAACGA